AAGGCACCGCACGGCUAUUGCCACUUCCACAUCAAGUCGAAGAUUAGAGAGCAUUGCGGCUGGCUGGUCUGCUUAGCUUUAUCGGGCAAUCCGAACAAUUUUCUAAACCAUAGAUGGCUGAUAACAUGUAAAUUCGUACUGGUAUUUAAACAGCUCUUGUGCGACGAGUCACAGUGGUUUUGGGUUUUGUGAUAAGCCAUAGCUAGCGUAGCAAGCCAUUGAUUGCCGGGGCUUAUCGGGUGGUGGUCGCUUGAUAAAACGGCCAAUAAAUGGAGCAGAAGCCACCAGCAGCUCGACGCCGAAACUCCGCGAUACCAAUUAUGGCGUCUAUAGAUUGCUACCAAUGGCGACAACAAUGGCACCAAUUUGACCAGCUCCAAUGCUCCCAAUGCUCGCAAUGCGCAACAAAUCCAAAUUAAUGCCCAAUGGGCCGGUCAACAAAAGCCCCCCGGCCAGACCUCUUGAUAACUCCCCGGUGGGCAUGUGAAACUGAUUAAUGUGGCAUUAAAAAUAAAUCUCAAGUAUGUGUUUGGGUUUUCAGUGAAAUUGGUUAUUUUUGGGUAAAAUUAUAUUUAUGGUAUUUACGAUAAAUAAACAAUUGCGCUUAUUAUUUCUUUGGCUCUUCCAGGAGCCGCAGACAUGGAAACAAGUUCCCUUUGGGUUUAGCUUACAAUUCCCAUUGAAGUCAGUAUAAAUUGAUCGAGUUAUUGGUUUUCAAGCCAAGCAUAUAUAGGUUUGGAUUUUGGCUCGGCAUCAAGACGAAAUGGACGACUUGUAUUUGAUGAACAAAGAAGAAAAGUUGCAGUAUGAUACCUCAAAUUUUGACUUUAAGUCCCUUAGCUUUAGACAAGAUGCGGCUGUGAAUUCAUUAGGCCUACGAAUGGAUCGAUUUACAAGUGAAAUUGAGCGAAAUGCGAAUUAUGCCUAUUUCAUGCGGGAUACCUCUCAGCUUUAUCAAAAGAUGGCUAAAACAGAUACCAAGAUCAGUGCGAAAUACGAGCAAAACUGUGAGAUGCCUAGAAAACUGGAAUGCUCUGUUGAAGAUACAAAUGAUAAUCAAAAUAAGCCUCGAGUUCAGCUGAAAAAGGAUCGCUUGAAGCUGAAAUACAUGGAAGCUCUGAGGCUGGAUGAAAGCCUUGAAGCCAGGGUGAAACACUCUGCCAUGGAAUCCAGUCCCGAUAUGGAGGAACAACAAGCCGAACUGAGAAAACUUCACAAGGAUCAGGUAGAAGUGCAUAAAGGUGUGCAGGAAGAAAUAAUGGCUUGCUUCAAGAGGGACAUGGAUGACCUAAUGAAACAGUAUGAUGCUGAGUACUCACGACUAAGAAAAGUGAACUCUGGGUGGAUGAAUCAGCAGCAUAACCCCACCGAUAACACUCACCAGCCUUAGCCAGCGCUUAGGAAUU